GUCCUUGAUGAGGAGGAAUGGAGUUCAACAGCAGGAGAUGACCUCAAAAACACAAAGGUUUAUCUGGGCCGCCAAAGCCAGAUGGGUCCAAACCUGAAUGAAGUGUCACGGAGACUUGUUAGGAUCGAAUCCCAUCCUUCAUACAACUCUCUGACCAGCGACAACGACAUAUGUCUCCUGAAGCUGUCGGCGCCUGGGACUUUUACAGACUACAUACAACCGGUCUGCUUGGCCUCAGCAAACAGCACUUUCAACACCGGGCUUGGAAGCUGGGUCACUGGCUUUGUUGCUACUCAGACUGAUUUAUCUUCCGACAUCCUGCAGGAGGUGAAUGUACCAAUAGUGGGAAACAAUGAGUGCAUGUGCUCCUAUGGUCACCUCACAAAUGAUCUGUGCUGGGGUCACAGCUGGAGGGAAGGAUGCAUGUCAGGGAGACUCAGGAGGGCCACUGCUGACCAAAAAGGGUUUAAUGUGGAUCCAAAGUGGAAUUGUGAGUUUUGCAAACACAACCAUCACAACAACCCCCACAACAACCCCUUCCACCAUUACAACAACCCCUACUACCAUUACAACAACCCCUACUACCACCACAGCAACCACAACCAUCACAACAACCCCCACAACAUCCCCUACUACCAUCACAACAACCCCUACUACCACCACAGCAACCCCCACCCCUACUACCACCACAAUCCCUGCUAA